GUUGGACCUUAUAUUUAUUUAGGAUUCUUAUAAAUAACUCAUGACAAGGUUCAACAAUGGUAUCUUUGAACAUGGAGAAAACAUGUGCAAAUCCUCUAGCUAUAACUUUUAUUAUUUGUUUUUUCCUACUUGGAACCUCUAUCAACAUGACUCUUAUUUUCCCUUUUCACACAAUUACUUCAAUAAUCUUCUCAAUAUUCCCAUCUUAUAUUACUAUUACAAAUAAUCAACAUAGUAAUUCAUACUUUGUUGAAUCAAAAAUCAAUCAAAUACCUCAAUAUAAUAAUAAUAAUCGUUCGAUACCUCGAUUCGCUUACUUGAUUUCUGGAUCAAAGGGUGAUCUUGAAAAGUUAUGGAGGUGUUUGAGAUCAAUAUAUCAUCCAUGGAAUUACUAUGUUGUUCAUUUGGACUUGGAGUCAAAUGUACAAGAGAGAUUGGAACUUGCUUUAAGAUUGAAAAAAGAUGAAAUUUAUACAAAAGUUGGAAAUGUGUAUAUGAUUAGUAAAGCAAAUAUGGUUACAUAUAGAGGACCAACUAUGGUUGCUAACACACUUCAUGCUUGUGCUAUUCUACUUGAGAAACAUAAAGAUUGGGAUUGGUUUAUCAAUUUGAGUGCUUCUGAUUAUCCUUUGGUUACUCAAGAUGAUCUACUCUACACAUUUUCUGAUUUGAAAUCAGACUUGAAUUUCAUUGAGCACACAAGUGAGCUAGGUUGGAAAGAGGCCAAAAGGGCAAUGCCACUAAUUAUAGACCCAGGGUUGUACAAAACCACAAAGUCUGAUAUAUUUUGGGUCACACCAAAAAGACAUGUUCCCACAGCCUUUAAACUCUUUACUGGUUCAGCUUGGAUGAUCCUUUCACAUGCAUUUGUGGAAUACUGUAUAUGGGGAUGGGAUAAUCUCCCUAGGAACCUACUUCUGUACUACUCGAAUUUCGUGUCCUCUCCAGAAGGCUACUUUCAGACAGUUGUAUGCAAUGCACCAGAAUUCACUUCAACUGUUAUCAACCAUGACAUGCACUAUAUUUCUUGGGAUGUUCCUCCAAGACAGCAUCCACAUACACUUACCCUCAAUGACACUGCAAAUAUGAUAGCAAGUGGAGCAGCGUUUGCGCGCAAGUUCAAGCAAGAUGAUCCUGUUUUAGACAAGAUUGAUAUGGAAUUACUAAAUAGGAGUAAUGGUAGCUUCACACCUGGUGGUUGGUGUGCUGGAAAUCCUCCUUGUUCUAAAGUUGGAAAUCCAACAAAACUUAGGCCAGGUCCAGGGGGUCAAAGACUUCGACGUCUUAUUGAUGAACUAGUAUUUUCAGCUAAAUAUGGUCAGAACCAGUGUAGUUAGAUCUUUGUUGUAUUUGCAUCCUUGCUUG